UAUUUGUAACUUUUGUCAACAAUAUGUCCGUCGGUUCUUGUAGAUCUCAUCUGUGAAUUUCUGUGCUGAGUAUGUAGAAAAAUAGUUUAUAAAUUCACUAACAUUUACACCUAUUCAUUAUGGCUGAUGCUGAUUUGGAGCAUGACUAUACUCUUGAGCUGAGUAAACAUGUGAAGCAGGAAAUGGAGGAAACAAAUGGGUUAACACCACCAUGUAAAGAAGUUCCCUGGGUAAAAAUUGAGAAGAUUGAAGAAGAUAAAUCAGACCUGUAUAUGCAUCAAUCAGAAAACUAUGCUCAAUCUUCUAGUAUCCACAUUGGACAUCAGGAGUGUACUAUUAGGCAAGAGAAAGAAUUGAUUGAUUUUACAGAUAGUAAUAAACCAUGGUCUUUAGUUUCAAAGAAGGCAAACAACAGUCUUUGUCACACACCAACCAUUAUGGCUGGACACAUUCCUGAAACAGAAGUGUCUUUGAAUAAGCAGGUGCAGUUCAUUAAAGAAGAAAAAGAAAGGACUUCGGAAAAAUAUGAACUAGAUGAUAGCAUUCAAAAAAAUGAAACACUUUUAAGAAAAGAAACUGACUUGGUAUCUAGUUCUCAAACUAAAAGAAACCAGUGUCAAAUAUGUCAAAAAGCAUUUACAAGUCCUUCACGCUUAAAAUAUCACCAGUUGAUUCAUACGAGUGAAAAACCAUUUCAGUGUCAAACAUGUCAAAAAGAAUUCUCCCGCUCUUCCUAUUUAAAAAGACACCAGAUUGCUCAUUCUGAAGAAAGACCAUUUAAAUGUGAAAUAUGCCAAAAAGAAUUUAUUCAGUCUACACAUUUAAAAAAUCACCAGCUGACUCAUACUGGUGAAAAACCAUUUAGAUGUCAAAUUUGUCAUAAAGAAUUUUUCCAAUCUGGACAUUUAAAAAAACAUCAGCUGAUUCAUACUGGUGAAAAAUCAUUCAAAUGCCAAAUAUGUCUAAAAGAAUUUUCUCAUUCUUCGUGUUUAAAAACUCAUCAGCUGAUUCAUACUGUUAAAGUACCAUUCAAAUGUCAAAUAUGUCUUAAAGAAUUUUCCCGCUCUUCAUAUUUAAAAACUCACCAGCUGAUUCAUACUGGUGAAAAAAAAUUCAAAUGUGAAAUAUGUCUAAAGGAAUUUUACAAAUCUUCACAAUUGAAAGUUCACCUGCGGGUUCAUACUGGUGAAAAACCAUUCAGAUGUCAAAUAUGUUUCAAAGAGUUUUCUCAAUCUGCUCUUUUAAAAAAUCACCAGCUAAUUCAUACUGAUGAAAAAAAAAUCUCCAUGAUGGCUGAUACAAAGCAUGACUUUACUUUUGAUCUGAACCAUGUCUUAAAGUAUGUUGUGAAAAAGGAAAUGGAAGAAACAGAUUCAUUAACACAACCAUGUGAAGAACAAGACUUCAAAGUGUCAAUGAUAAAAACUGAGAAGGCAGAUGGAGAUAAUUCAGAAUUGCAUUCACAGCAAUCAGAAAACUUUGCUGAAAAUUUUGGAGAUCAGAAAAGUACUUUAAAACAAGAGGUAGAAAUGACUCAUGGUACAGAUUUGAAUAAAUCCCUGUCCUUAGCUUCAAGACUUCUGGCUAUGUCAGAGAAGGCUAACAACAGUCAUUGUGUACCUAUCAUUAUGCCAAAAUAUGAAUCCCUUAGACAGACCCCAGUUCCAGAAGUGUCUUUAAGUCAGCAGUUGCAGUUUAUUGAGGAAGACAAAGCAAUGACUUCUGAAAACUAUGAACUGGCUGAAAACAUGCAAGAUCAAUUAGAAGAAUACCAUCAUAGUGAAAAAGAAAUUGAUUUUCAAAAAUCAUUUCAAUGUCAGAUCUGUCUGAAAGAGUUUUCUCAAGCUUCACAUUUGAAAAAUCACCAGCUGACUCAUACUGGUUUACAAAACAUUAAAAUGUUAAUAUGCCAACGUGGAUUCUCAACAUCUUCAGAAUUAAAAAGACACAAGUUGGGUGAUAUUGGUGAAGAAAAUGAUAAUCUUACGAAGGUGCAGUUCAGUGAGGAAGAAAAAGAAAUGACUUUGGUUAAGAAUGUACAGACUGAUAACAUGCAAGAUCAAGAACAAUACAGACCUAAUGAAACAGUUUUAAGUAAAGAAGUAAAUUUAGUUUCUUCUCAUGAAACUAAUAGAAACCAGCAUCAAAUAGGUCUAACAGAGUUAACUAGACCUUUACAUUUAAAAAGUCAUCAGCCAAUUCAUACUGGGGAAAAACCAUUUAAAUGUCACAUAUGUCGACGAGAAUUUUCUUAUUCUAGAAGUUUUAAAAAUCACCUGCUGAGACAUAAUCGUAAAAAAAUCAAAAAAACAUUCAAAUGUCAAAUUUGUCUCAAAGAAUAUUCUGCAUCUUCAAGUUUGAAAUCUCACCAGAUGAUUCAUACUGAUGAAAAAAAAUUUAAAUGUCAAAAAUGUCAAAAAAGUUUUUGGAGAAAAUCAGAAUUAAAAAGUCACCAGAUGAUUCAUAGUAAUGAAAAAACAUUUAAAUGUCACAUAUGUCAAAGAGAAUUUUCUUAUUCUAGAAAUUUAAAAGCUCACCUGAGGAGACAUACAGCUACUUGUGAAAAAGCAUUUAAAUGUCAAAUAUGUCUUAGUGAAUUUUCUUAUUCAAGAAAUUUAAAAACUCACCUGAGGAGACAUACCGGAACUUGUGAAAAAACAUUCAAAUGUCUAAUAUGUCGAAGUGAAUUUUCUCGAUUUUCAAGUUUGAAAACUCACCAGAUGAUUCAUACUGAUGAAAAAAAAUUCAAAUGUCAAACAUGUCAAAAACGUUUUUGGAGAAAAGCAGAUUUAAAACGUCACCAGAUGAUUCAUACUGGUGAAAAACCAUUCAAGUGUAAGAUAUGUCCAAAAAAAUUUUCUAGCUCUACAAGUUUGAAAACCCAUCAGUUUUCACAUACUGAUUAAAAAUAAUAAUAGUCAUAUUUGUCAAUUAAUGAAACCUUCUGAUUCUUCCAAGGAGCUAUUUAGGAUCACCACUGAAAUGUAAGGGGGAGCAAAUAACGAACAUUUGUCAUAAUCUAUCCCAGUAUCUGAACUCCCUGAUUCCUUCAAUAGAUUCUUCAUUGGCAAGAUAAGAAAUGACAUGCUAUCCCUCUCAUCAUAGCUUGACCACUCUCCAAUCUUUCAAAAUUCUCCUUUUGACGAGUUUCAUCGUGUCUCUGAAGAAUUUGUAAAGAGUAUUAUUUUAAAGAUGCCAAAUAAGUCAUGUGACCUUGAUCCUAUUCCAACUUCCUUGCUUCUUGAAUGUUUAGAUGAGCUUGUACCUACAAUUACUAACAUUGUGAACUCUUCACAGGCACAGGCAUUGUACCACAGCAUGCACUUGUAUUAAAGAAAUCAUGUCUUGACCCAGAAUGUCUAAAAAACUAAAAAAAACUAUCGCCCGGUGUCUAAUCUUCCCUUCCUGUCAAAGAUUCUGGAGCGCAUCAUGUCAGCCCAAAUUCUUUCUCAUCUUGAACAGUACUGUCUCUUGGAAGAAUUUCAAUCUACAUAUAAGAAGUGCUGUAGCACAGAAACAGAGUAGUCAGGGUACUAAAUGACUUACUUCACAAUUCCGACACAGGCUACAUAUACUUUCCAUACUGGACUUGUCCACAGCCUUUGAUAUGCUAAAAUUAAAAAUUAAGAUGGCCAG